GCGCGCGCGGCGUCUCCCGGGCGACGGCUCGAACAUGGCUUCGUACCGGGCCGUCUCCUUCUCGGUAGCGCAGUCCAGCAGCACGGUCGAUGGGUUGGCAGAGACGGAGAAUCUGGGGGAGUCCGAGAACACCUACAUUCUGAGGCCCAUUUUCCAGCAAAGGUUCAGGCCCUCUGUGGUUAAAGACUGCAUCCAUGCUGUGCUCAAGGAGGAAUUGACAAAUGUUGAAUACUCUCCAGAAGAAAUGCCUCAGCUCACAAAACAUUUAUCAGAAAGUAUUAAAGAUAAAUUAAAAGAAAUGGGAUUCGAUCGAUAUAAAAUGGUGGUACAAGUAGUGAUUGGAGAACAAAGAGGUGAAGGAGUAUUCAUGGCUGCCCGCUGUUUCUGGGAUGCUGACACGGACAACUACAUGCAUGAUGUCUUUAUGAAUGACAGUUUAUUCUGUGUUGCAGCAGUAUUUGGAUGUUUCUACUAUUGAAUCUUUGAACAGCUGGGAAAAGAAAUGACUAUGAAGAAAUAUGAACUUUUUAAUGUUAUUAAUUGUACUGACAAAAUAAAAAAGUUAAUAGUCGGGCAACUGA